UGUUUUUCUAUCACUGCAGCAUCAGCAGAGACGAGAGGGGCACAAUCAGUUUCAUAAAGAGGAAGAAAAGGCAUAAUUAGAUAAGGAAGAGAGGAGUGGAAAGGACACAAGGAGCUGCCAGAGAAACGGAGCACCACUGUGACGUUUCAGAAGGGACAUCAGCAGCAGGGCGUGGACCUCACUUGAAUAAGGAGACUGGAAAAAAGAGAGACACAACAAGACGGACCAAAGUCGUAUUCAACAAAGCUAAGGCCUCCUCGAAGAGAAACCCAGCCUCACGCUUGCUCUGCACGAGUGUGGGGGAUUGACCUCUGUGUGCGUGUUACCGUUCCUGUGCAUGAGCAGGUGGUACUUUGAUGGGAGAGUGAGCAAUGCCUCAAACGCAACAACAGCAGGCUGGCAACAGGGGGCAGUGCUCCUCCCGCUUCCUCCCCCUCCUGCUCCUCCUGCUCCCCUUCACUGCCCAGCCGAGCCAAGCAGCCAUACACAUACCCUCCAACUGUGAGUACCGGCUCAUGCUCUACACACUCAGUAAUACUAUGGACACCCUGAAGCAGUACCAAGGCAAAUAUGUCUGCUAUGCAUCCAAUGAACUGGGGACAGCUGUGUCUAAUGAGGUCAUACUUAAAACUGACGUUCCCCCAACUCAGCAGAAAGAAAAACGGGUUACUGUGAAGUCUGAACAGGGAAGCAGCAUUGUCCUGAAGUGUAACCCCCCCCAGAGCUCAAUGAAGCCUAUCAUUCACUGGAUGGACUGGAGGCUACACUACAUCCAGCUGAGUCAGCGGGUGGUGUUGGGGAAGGACGGCAACCUAUACUUUGCCCAUUUGACACCUGAGGACAACAGGGAUGACUACACUUGCCAUGUCCAGUACCUGGCAACACGCACCAUUCUAGCAAAGGAAGCCAUCACUCUGACUGUCACCCCCACCGACUCAGUUGUACAGAGCAAGAGGCCACAGAUGAUGAGGCCUACUGGAACCUAUAGUACUUACCAUGCCCUCAGGGGCCAGACCUUGGAGCUUGAGUGCAUCGUCCAAGGCCUACCAACACCUGAUGUGUCAUGGCUGAGGAGGGAUGGUGAGCUGUCUGAAUCUCGGACUACUAAAGACAUGUUUGACCGCCGCCUGCUCUUCACUAAUAUCUCUGAGAGUGAUGGUGGCGAGUACCAGUGUAAAGCUAACAACUCCCAAGGGAAGAUCAUCCACACUUACAAUGUGAUUGUGGAAGCUGCUCCCUACUGGACCAAGGAGCCAGUCAGUCAGUUAUACGCCCCAGGUGAGACUGUCAGACUAGACUGUCAGGCAGACGGCAUCCCCAAUCCUAUCAUCAGCUGGACCAUCAAUGGGAUCCCCCUCUCAGAAACUGAUAAGGACCCUAGACGUACUCUGACAGCAAGCGGAUCUCUAAAACUGGAUGACGUCAACUUUGGAGAUACUGCCAUUUAUCAGUGUCGGGCCUCCAACAAGCAUGGCACCAUCAUUACCAACGCCAACGUCUAUGUUGUUGAGCUGCCUCCACGGAUCCUUACUGAUAAUGGGAAUAUAUAUACAUUUACAGAGGGCCAGAAGGCUUUACUGGAGUGUGAGACCUUUGGUUCUCCCAAACCUAAAGUUGUAUGGGAGACCAGCAGCAUACCUUCCUUUCUAGGAGAUCCCAGGGUUAACCUGCUCACCAAUGGGGGACUUGAGAUCUAUAAUGUCACCCAUGAUGAUGAGGGAGUCUACAACUGCUCUGUACAGAAGACUAACUUGUUCAUCAGUGCAGAGCUGGAAGUACUCAACAGGACAGUGAUUGUGUCACCUCCACAGGCUCUGAAGGUGCAGCCUGGACACACAGCAAUUUUCACCUGUUCAGCCCUAGUUGACCCCAAACUUGACUCGCCGCUCAUUCAGUGGAGAAAGAACAACCAGAAGCUGUUUGGGUCUGACAGUGACGAAAAAUACACAUUUGAAGGACCAGACCUGAUAAUAGCUAAUGUGGAACCAGAUGAUGAAGCUGUGUACACUUGCCAGGUCAUCACUAAGCUGGACAUGGCUGAAGCCAGUGGCACGCUCACUUUAUAUGAUCGUCCGGACCCUCCUGUCCUCCUCCAAAUCACCGACCCUAGGCAUCGUGCAGUCACUCUCAGCUGGACUCCUGGAGAUGAUCACAACAGCCCUGUGCUAGAAUAUGUGGUUGAAUUUGAGGACCAAGAAUUGAAGGAGAGCGGUUGGGAAGAGCUGAAGAGAGUAAAUGGGAACAAGAAGCAUGCUAGCCUCUCCCUGUGGCCCUACAUGUCCUACCGUUUCCGGGUCAUUGCCAUCAAUGAUGUGGGCAAAAGUGACCCCAGCAAGCCAUCUGAAAUCCACAAUACACUUGCAGAAGCCCCAGACAAUAACCCUGAAGACGUUAAGAGUGAGUCAGGAGACCCACAUACUCUGGUCAUCACUUGGCAGGAAAUGGAAAAACGUGAAUUCAAUGGGCCUGACUUCAAGUACAGAGUGAUGUGGAGGAACGUGUUGGGCAGUGGCCCCAACUGGCAUUCUAACUACACAACAACACCGUCUUUUAUUGUGAAUGAUGUUGGCAACUUCUCUGCCUUUGAGAUCAAAGUUCAGGCUAUCAACGAGAAAGGGGAGGGACCUCAACCAGACCCAGUCAUUGGCUUCUCAGGAGAAGAUGGUGAAGUAACGACAGGGGCCAACGAGGGGAAGAAAGUGGUCAGUAAUCUCAGGCCGUACUCCCAUUAUACCCUGGCUGCCACUGUAUUCAACGGCAAGGGAGAGGGACCUGCCUCUGAGAUGAUUUCCUUCAAGACUCCUGAGGGAGUUCCUGGUCCUCCCGUGUCCCUGAUGCUGGACAGCCCAUCAGAGACAGAAAUGACCCUUCACUGGACACCUCCUGAACAACCCAAUGGAAUCCUCAUUGGAUAUCUCCUGCAGUACCAACAGAUCGUGGAGAGUGAUGACAGCCCCAUGCAGGUAGAGACAAUAGAUGAUCCCGCAGUCACCCACCUCACUCUGAGGAGCCUGGACCAUCACAGCCACUACCGCUUCUACCUGAGGGGGCGCACUGCUGCUGGGGAUGGAGAGCCUAUCAUGAGGGAGGGUGCCACCAUGCUGGAUGGAGUGCCUCCUGCCAACUUCAGCCUGUCUGCCGGGGAAAAUUCAGUUAACCUCAGCUGGGUGGCCAAAAAGAGACACAGGAAUGUUAGCUUCCAGAUUCACUACUUCAACAAGAACGAUGGCAGUAAAGAACAAGAUUCUGCUCUUCCUUUUAUCUUGUUUCUCCUGCUUUUUCCAGCCUUUUCCUUCCUCUUGUACUUUCACCCUGUUCACUGGUUUAAAACAUGUACUCUCUCCUCUCCAUUUCCCUCUCCCUUUUUCUUUGAAGGAGUGACAGAGGUGCAGUCAAGCUUUGCAACAAAGGGUUGGUUCAUUGGGGUUGUAAGUGCCAUUGUGCUGCUGCUGUUGAUACUGCUCAUCCUCUGUUUCAUCAAGAGGAGUAAAGAGGGGAAAUAUUCAGUGAAAGAUAAAGAAGAAGGUCCAAUGGACUCAGAAGCGUGGCCUAUGAAGGAUGAGACUUUUGGAGAGUACAGAUCUCUAGAAAGUGACCUUGAGGAGAAGCGCACGGCCAGUCAGCCGUCUCUGUGUGAGGAGAGCAAGUUGUGCAGUGAGGACAACCUGGACUUCAAUGGCAGCAGUGCCAUAACUACAGAGUUCAACUUGGAUGAGUCUCUGGUCAGCCAGUUCAGUCGGCCCAGUGAGGGUCCAGAGGUGCUCCAUGCUUUGCCGGAUAACUCCCUGCUUAACUCCAGCACCGUCUCUCCGGCCACCAAUGGCACGCCCAACUCAGUCGCCGUCCUCAAUUAACCCCCACACAUCCACCGAGGACCAUCAGACCAAAACAUGACGCCACAUAUGUGCCCAUACGCUCCUGUUCCCUACUGACUUGCUGAUCUGUAGACUGAUGACUAGUACACAAUCAAUAUAUUGACUUUUCAGAUGCCCCCGGCAGUUAUCUGAUUGACUGGACUAUUCUGACCAAAGGAGUGUCCAAACUAGUGGACAAACUGAUAACGAGUCUGACUGACAUGAAGAUGUCCUUCGAUCCCUUCACCUUCCUUUAUUGUAUCUGUGUCAUUUGCAACAAAUCUAAACAACUAACAUUCACUUUUCUUCCUUUCUUUUCUCUCUCUUUCUCUCAGCAAACAACUGUAUAGAAAGAUAAAGACAGAAUGUUGUACAGGUUAGAACUAUCAGGAUUGUAGGUGUGGUCCUGUUGCCAAGCAGAGUAGUACAGUGAAAGAGGAGGCAGAUGGUAGAGCCUAGUGUGGUGAACCACACAGCACAUGCCACUGUAACAAGUCUUGAAACUUAUAUAUUUAUCAUGUCAUAUUAUUUCACAUAAUUUUGUAUGUCUAAUGCCAUUUGAUAUCUCAGACUGUAUUUGCCAGCAACAUGUAAGACGUUUUUUUUUUUACAAAUGUUUUUGAAAAUGAAAACAUGCUUUUUUGUUAUUUGCCAUAAAAACUCAUGACAUCUCUUUACUCACAUAUUUCAUAGAUCAAGAUGUUUUCAUUGAAACCAAGUGAAGCCAAGUUUCUUGUGACACAUAACAUUGGAUGCAUUUAUGAGAACUUUCUGUGAAAAUGCUGAGUAGCAUCUGGUGUAUAUAGCUGCAUCAACAUCUACCUAUUUAGCCAUAAUACAGUAUUAUAGAUAUGUACAUGCUUUUUCUAAUUUUCUGUGCCUGCUGAAUCUGCAUAGAGCACCAGAUUGAUGUCAUUACUCUCUUGCCUUCCCACCAGAAGUGUAAUGUCAUUAUUAGAAAAGAUAUUGUAAUUUUUGUGUCGAGACCUAUGUGUCGCUUUCUGUAUAUGUCUUUGUUUCUUUGUUAUUAAAAACAUUGUCAUCUCUAAUUAACAAACUUUUCAUACCUGUCCAUCUCAUACUACGCAAAUUGUUUGAGGAGCAGUAUUUACUUAUACUUGCAGAUUAAAGAGUGGAGUCUUGUGGGCAAGCACUCAAUCAAGCUUUAUUUUCAGACCUUCAUCAAUGGAAGUUGGAAGCGUAAUGAUUGCCAAUUGAUGUAUAAUAAAGACAAACAGUUGGUAUUUACAUCAAACAGAGACAAUGCCUUCUUUUUAGGGCUGGGUAGACACUGUAUUUACAUGGUACUGAAUAAAAAAAAAACCUAAGCUAAGUUAAGUGUGGUUAUGACCUGGAAGGACAGUUUUCUAAUGUAAAUGUAACCCGUAAAAACUGUUUUGAUGAACCCACCCAUGUUUGAUAUGAAAUGUGAAAAAUGUGCAGGUUUAAAACCACUUAAUGUUAAAAUGUUGCAAAUUGUAAAAUUUCUUCUUUGUACUAUUGUUAUGAAUUCUAAUUUUACAGUUUUGACAGUUAUCUGCAGUGAGAUUUGGCAGUUUUAGCAAAAAAAAAAAAAAAAAA